AUCCUCGUUCCCACAAUCUGUCAACUUUGACCCAUUUGUGAACACCCUCUCUUUGACGGCAUCUUUGUCACAUCAUACACAGCCACAUUCGACGCGGAAUGUUCGUUAUGCUCUGAUAGAACCCGAGUCCGUCCCUAGGGGCACUAAUGUUGCCUCCACGACUGUUCACUCUCCCGAUUACACAACAGUCUUCCGAUCUGCACUCGCCCUUUCAUCGCGAGUCCUUUGAACACUCCAGCCCUUUUCUAGCUCUUUUCCGACCAUUCUCUCUCCAUCCUUCACUCGAUCCAAGGCUGGUUUUUCCGACAUCCUCCUCUUCUGUUAAAGCGCCGAAGCGUUUGAGAGAGUCACGACCAACACCCAAGUUUCGUUCCCAGAGGGAAUAGAAAGCUCGCACCCAUGACAUACGGCAUGCACACCGGUGCGGCGUCCACCGUCUCGGCGUGUUCAGCACAUGCCGCGAAUCUUCCGGUCAUUGCAGACGAGGAAUCCUCUGACGUGGACGAACCCCCCGAUUCGAAUCUACCUUAUUCCCCCAUUAAAUAUGGGGCCUUUGGCCGAAAUCCCAUCCGACGUUCUGUCGAGAUGCACCACCAAUCUCUUUUGACCAAGGCUCUUCAAAGUCGUUCAGAAGAAGACGGCACGGACGACCGCCCUUCGACUGGAUCCUUUCGACUCCGCCGCUCCGCAACAAGUAACGCCAGUCUCGCUUCCACCGUUGACCUGACUAGCGAUACCGGCCUAACAAGUCCCUCUCGAACCAAUACGCCCAGCCCGCCUCUUCCCGAGCUUCGAUUCCUGACCCUCAAUGGCGAGCCCGCGAAGGAACAAAAUCGCCCUCCUAUAUCUCGACCCGACGAACCCGUCAAGGAUCUGGUGGCUCCGAAAAAGCGCCGCAUCCAAUUCGCAUGCGACUGCAGGCCGGAAACGAAGCCCGUCGUGCAACCUGUCCCACAAAGACCGGUCCCCCCUGCCAAAGCUUCGUCUCCUCCUCCGCGCAAGACGAGAAUUAAAUUUGCAUACCCAGCUCCUCUUCCUGCGUCCACUCAGAACACUCCGCCUCGCCAAGUGGAGCGGCUCGAGGCGCUCGUCUCCCAGCGUCAACCCUCGGUGUCAGAUCGCGAGCGAUCGCGCGGCAGUGGCCAAAAGCAGCGCUACUCUCGGUCUCCUAAGCCUGUCGUGCCUCACCAUGCUUCCGACGGUUCUGCCUGUAAGACGAAGAAAUAUAUCACUGCGAGCGACAAAGAUCUCCAGUGUGAAUCGUCUCGUUUUCACGAAUUCGCCAGCGACGAUCCCUGCCAUGACGACUGGAUCCUCGAAUCGUGCCCCUCCCAGGGACGCAAACUCACCAUCGAUGACACUCUUUCGAAGGAAAACGAGAUACGCAAGAUCGCGAGGGAAGCUGAAGAGGAAGCCGAUGCAGAGGAGGACUUGGAAACAACAAGGGGCGAUGACGACGAAGACGAGGACGCCAUAGGCGACACAGUUAGCGGCGUCGUCGGCGAGGAUGAUGUGCAGCAUGACGAUGAAGAUGACAACGAUGACGAUGACGGGGACGACGACGACAAUGAUGGCGAGGACGAUGAGGACUACGACUCCGUCGGCUAUCACACAGAUGAGGAGACGGGCUUCGCUGCCUCUGACGAUGAGAACGAGGACGACGGCCUCCAGCUCUGGACUCCCGCGCAGCCGGCCUUGCGCCUCUCAGGAAGCACGCCAGUCCCUCGCCGCUCCUCGACGAUGGCUGGGGACCUUUCUGACUCCUCCGUCGGGUCGCCUAGCGGCGUCCGUGGGAUCCGGUCUCGCAAGACUAGACGAAUCAAGAUCCGACCGGGCACACCGGAGCUCCCCGACAGCACCGACUUCGUCUGCGGUACUCUAGACGAGGACCUUCCUAUGGAGGAUGCGUACAUCUCGUGUAUGGCCGCUCGGAGGCGUGAGAAACUUCACGUCAUCCCUCAAGACAUCGACCCCAGCUUUCCCGCCUCAGAUCCUGAAGGCGAGGGCGAGGAAGAAAUAUUCAAUCCGGUGAAGCACGCUAGUGACGACGAGGACCCGUGGCUUCAUGGUAAGAUGGAUGACCUGCAUCAUGAACAAGACGGGCGCGGUCGGAAGAAGAAGGGGACACGUCCUUCUCCCAAACGCUAUCACUCGCCGCCGCCACCAAAGAAAUACCACUCUCCACCUCCGAAGCGUCACCAUUCCCCCGCCCCAACCAAAACUCGUGGGCGCUCUUCGCCACAUCGUCUCUUCGACCCACAGGCGAUUCCCUUUAAGGAGCUGGCGUCGCGCCCCGGCCUGACCAUGACCAAGUCGCUGCCUCGAGCACCCGCUUUGUUUCCCAACCACCGACAUGGCCGUCGCAGCAAGCUGGCCAUGACCAAUGCAAAUAGCAACAACGACAUCCAUGUUCGAGGUGCCAUCGACAUUGUUAAGGGUCUGGAGAAGAAGCGUCAGAGACGCAGGGAGAAGUUUUAUCAAAAGUAUUGCAACCGCGCUCGCAAGGGGCAAAUCCCGGAACGCAAGCCUCAACCCGGCAUGGGAUAUGAGCGGAUGAGGGAGCUUGGCCUCAUCAUGGCCGGGAAGAUUGAACAGUGCAAUUAUGUUCUGUCAGUCUGAGCUUCCUCUGGACGACAAGGCCGUCGCCUUGUUCUUUUUCUUUUUUGUGUCUUUCCGCAUUCUUCCCUUGAAUUUUCUCCCCGUUGUAUUUGCAUCAAGUGCCACCCGCACGAGGCGACCUAGGUGU